CCACCUCUUUCCACUAAACUUUGAUGCCACACAAGACACACAGAGAGUUACCUAACUAUAUAUAGUAGUGAUUGAGCUUGAGAAAUGGCUGAAGAUGUUGAGAUUCAAGAGCAAAGAGAAUACCCUGCAAAAGACUAUUAUGACCCUCCUCCAGCACCUUUUUUCGACCGCAGAGAGCUCACACAGUGGUCCUUCUAUAGAGCCAUUAUCGCUGAGUUCAUAGCAACCCUUCUCUUCCUCUAUAUCACUGUCCUCACCAUAAUUGGCAACAAAAGACAGAUUGAUAGUGGCACCAAAUGUGAUGGGGUUGGCAUUAUCGGCGUCGCUUGGGCCUUUGGUGGCAUGAUUUUCAUCCUUGUUUACUGCACUGCCGGUAUUUCAGGAGGACACAUAAACCCAGCAGUGACAUUCGGGCUGUUCCUAGGACGCAAGGUGUCGUUGAUAAGGGCGUUGUUGUACAUUGUAGCACAAUGUGCUGGUGCUAUCUGUGGCACUGGACUGGCGAAGGUGUUCCAAAAGGCGUACUACAACAGGUACGGAGGUGGUGCUAACUUUGUUGCUGAUGGCUGCAACAGGGGCACUGCUUUGGGUGCUGAGAUUAUCGGUACCUUCGUUCUUGUCUACACUGUCUUCUCUGCCACUGACCCUAAGAGGAACGCUAGGGACUCCUAUAUUCCUGUACUAGCACCACUCCCGAUUGGCUUUGCUGUUUUCGUGGUUCAUUUGGCUACAAUCCCAGUUACUGGCACUGGCAUUAACCCAGCAAGGAGUUUUGGAGCAGCUGUAAUCUACAAUGACGACAAAAUCUGGGAUGAUCAGUGGAUUUUCUGGGUUGGACCAAUUGUUGGAGCAGCAGGGGCUGCAUUAUACCACCAAUACAUCCUUAGAGCAUCGGCUAUCAAGUCUCUUGGAUCAUUCAGGAGCCAUACUUAAUUAAUUAAUUGUUUAAUUAAUUAUGUUUUCAGUAA